AUGAAGUUGCUGCUCGCGUGCGCCAUAUUUGCAGUUCUGCUCAAUCUCAGCGAAGUACGGGGACAGAUAGAGCCAUGCCUCGCGACGAUGAAGAUCAAGCCGAUCUGUCCGGUGAAUGAAGUGUACACGUGCUGCAAGACAUGCUUCGAGCGCACUUGUCAGAACAGAUACAUUGCGGUUAAAUGCGCCCUACCAUGCCGUGGCGGAUGUAUAUGCAAAACAGGUUACAUACGCAUCGUCACCAACGGAAAGUGUAUUGCCGAGAGAUCGUGUCCCAAAAUUGGCAUCCUAAUUCCGGACAUCAUUCCGAUGGAAUAA